AUGUCGCUCAUCACGGCAUUUCCAUUCCACGCAUACGUGGGCGAUCUCAAAACCCGCCACGUGAUGCCUGAAAAGAUGGCCGUCUCCCUCUCUCUUCUCAGCCCUCACGAUAUGUCCAACAUGGCGUUCGUCGAAGUCCGCACGCGCUGCGGGCAGGAGGAGAAAACAGCCCCGUGGCGGCCAGUCAUGCGGGCCGGUGAAGAACACGCCACUUUCUACGAUCCCCGCAUGGGGAACUUUGAUGUCCGCACAUAUCCGCCACAGUCCUGUCAGACCUGCGCGGCGAGUUUAACAGGGAAAUACGGCAAUGAACGGUGCCAGGGGCACUUUGGGUUUGUUGGGAUGCCGCGUCUUUUCCCUGGCAAUCCACUGCAGAGUGAAGUCCGCAUGUUUGUGAUGAAUCCACACUUGGUGGAAGAGGCGGAGUUGUUACUGCAGGCAAAGUGUUUCUUUUGUCAUAAAUUCCGAGCACCAUUGUUUGAUGUGGAGAGAUAUCGACAAACCCUGCGAUUGAUUGACUGUGGACUCAUUGGAGAGGCAUUACAUUUAUUAGAUGUAGUGACAAAUGCGAAGGGAAAUGAUGCCCGGCAUAAAAGAUUACAUGUGGCUAAUGAAGAGGUGGUGAAUGAUGUGAGUUUGCUGGAAGAACAUGUGGAAAGGAUUCUUAGAAGAUAUGGCCUCACAUCUACAGAGAAACAUCCAACAACAACAACAACAACCACAACAACAAUGUUAACAACAACAGAAGAAAUAGGAGGAGAAACAACUAACAACAAUAAUAACAAUAAUAAUAAUAAGGGAGCUAUAGAUGUGCGUAAUAAUAUCGCACGUCAGGCAUUGCGGGAUUUACGGGAAUAUCCGAAUGUGUGUUCCCACUGCAAUGGAUUAUCCCCGCGUAUAACUAAACGAAAUGGUCAUUUCUUCUUCUUUUUUAAGAAAAAUAGUGCCAAUGUAAAUGUCGCCAAUGCACUUCUUUCACAAGCUCAAUUACGUGAAUGGGAGGAAAAUAAUAAAUUACAUAAGAGAAGUCACACCUAUUUCCGAAAUCAAGAUAUCCGUGAACACUUAAAACAACUUUGUCAUAAGGAAGAUAGUAUGCUCUCUUUACUAUUCCCACACCUUGGUGAACCUUCUGUAUCUACUUCACAUUCCACACCACUUCCAGGCCGAGAAAUGUAUAAAGUUUUCUUUAUAGAUCGUAUUCUCGUUCCUCCUUUACCUUUACGUCUCUCAUCUGGUGUACAGGUGCAGGAUAGUGGGGCAAUCUCACCAGAUACUCAAACACGUGCACUCUCAGAUGUGCUUGGAUUUGUAGAACAGAUUGAAUGUUAUCAAAUGUUGCGAAAUAAUUCUACACCAGAUCGUAAUCUUGUCUCUACAGCUCAAGAAAUCGCUAAUGAAAUUAAUCUACGUAAUCUACAGGUAAAAGUAAAUGAGGUAUAUCAAGGAAUAUUAGAAAGUUUUGCCAAAAAAGAAGGACUUUUCCGUAUGAAUAUGAUGGGAAAACGUGUCAAUCAAGCCUGUCGUUCUGUUAUUUCUCCUGAUCCAUUAGUGGAACCAAAUGAAGUUUUAUUACCUCGUCCAUUCUCCCGUAGUUUAUCUUUUCCUGAACAGGUUACCUGUUUCGCCCCAGCACGAAUGAAUCUUCUUAAACGGUGUGUAAUUAAUGGCCCACAGCGGUAUCCUGGAGCCACACACUUAGAACUCCGACACGCGAAUGGUGAAAUUCGAUUUGUGGAUCUUAAUGUACCUGAACAAACAAGACGACAACACGCCGCGAAGUAUUUUGCGAUGGCUCAAAGUGGAAUGACACUUAUUGUCUAUCGUCAUAUUUUGGAUGGAGAUCGUGUGGUAUUUAAUCGUCAACCAACAUUACAUAAACCAAGUAUGAUGGGAUAUCGGGUAAAGGUUUUAUCUGGAUACAAAACCCUUCGAUUUCAUUACGUUAAUGGUAGUUCCUUUAAUGCCGAUUUUGAUGGAGAUGAAAUGAAUAUUCAUGUUCCACAAAGUUUAGAAGCUAAAGCGGAAUUAGAUACAUUAAUGGAUGCAAAUCUUAAUUAUCUUGUACCAACUUCUGGAAAACCUAUUCGUGGUCUUAUUCAAGAUCAUGUAGCCGCAGGUGUGAUGUUAACAUUACGUGAUAAAUUUUUGGAUCAUGCCACCUUUGUUCAACUUGUUUACUAUGGACUUGCCCCUUAUAUGCAGCAACAACAUGAAGUUACACUUUCGGAACUUAUUCCAGUUCCAGCUAUAUUACGUCCUCGUCCAUUAUGGACUGGUAAACAGUUAAUUUCUGUUAUUAUACGUUUUGUAAGUGGUGUAGGAGGACGUUCUCGUAGUACCACACGAGGUGGAGAAAGUGGAGUGACUUUAAAAGGAACUUCACUUAUUCAACCCACUGCAUAUAAUACAACUAUUCCAGGAAGUGAUGAAAUACGUACUUUUACACGUCGUGCUAUGGAUGAUGAUAGUGUAUUCUUUAUGAACAGUGAAUUACUUAUUGGAUUGAUGUGUAAAAAACAACUUGGUGCUUCUAGUAUGUCUAUUGCACAUGUAGUUCAUGAGUUGUAUGGACCACAUAAAGUGGGUCAAUUAUUUGGAGCCUUGGGUCGUAUUUUAUCUCAAAGUUUACAACGAGAAGGAUUUUCUAUUGGUAUGGAUGAUAUGUUUCUUGUUCAGGAACAACGUCGAUAUGAAUUAUUACGACAAUUGGAUGAAGCGCCUUUACAACUUCCAGAUGAUGAGGCUAUUGCAAUGCCAAAGAUUAUGGAAUAUGCCACUAAACUACAACAGGAAUUUAUGCCAGGACGAAUGAUGGUACCAUUUCCUCGUAAUCAUCUUCUUAUGAUGACCACAUCAGGAGCAAAGGGAAGUAAUGCAAAUGCCACUCAAAUGGCUCUUGGACUUGGACAACAACUCUUUGAUGGACGACGUGUGAAGAGAAUGAAUUCGGCAAAAACACUUCCCGCCUUUUUCCCUCAUGAAAGACGAGCAAGAUCAUUUGGAUAUGCAAUUGGACGAUUUGCCUCUGGUAUUCGACCACCAGAGUAUACAAUUCACGCCAUGGCGGGUCGUGAUGGUCUUAUUGAUACUGCAGUGAAAACCUCUCGAUCUGGACAUCUCCAACGUUGUCUUAUUAAAGGAUUGGAGAGUCUCAUUGUUCACUGGGAUCAUUCCGUGCGGGAUUCCAAUGGAAGUGUUGUGCAAUUUACAUACGGUGGAGAUGGAUUGGAUCCAUGUAAGGCUUCUACCCUGCAAGCAUGGGAAAUGGCAAAGGAGAAUGUGGUGGAUCUUGGCAAACGCUUUGGUGUAGAUGUUGGGGCUACCACCGCAGAGGAACAACAAGAAAAGGAAAAGAUUCAACGUGGGAAACGUCCCCGUGCAGAUGAGGAGGAAGUGGUAUCUACACAUACAACAACAAUAACAACAACAACAGCAACAACAGGUGAGGAUAAGGCGCAGGUGCGACAACAACAUUUGGAACAGCAAGUGCAGGAAAAUCCACUUCCACGUUAUAUGCAAGAUGGAAUGGAAGAGUAUUUACGAAAUAAGGCGACAUUUCCACUUUUUCAUAAAGUCUCUCAAGUGGCACGAUGGAGUGCACAGAAUCGUUUAAAGGAAAAACUUGCAGAAAAACGAGAAGAGAAUGUGGAAUACUACCGUGAUGUCCUUACAGAAUUGACGACGAAUAAACGUUUACGUGCUUUCUGUGAUCCUGGUGAACCGGUUGGGCUUCUCGCAGCUCAGGCCGCAGGUGAGCCAUCCACACAAAUGACACUCAACACAUUUCACAGUGCUGGUUCAACCGUUACACACGUCACGGAGGGUAUUCCACGUUUACGUGAAUUACUCAUUCAUGCCUCUGUUCAAAAUGCUGCAGUGGUGGUACCGGUGGAAAAUGCAACGGAUGAAGAUGAAGUGGCGAUUGCACGAUUAUUACGUGCGGCAGUUCCAACAAAACUGAUUGAUUGUUUGGCUCGUGGUACAAAUAAUGAUAAUAAUAAUAAUAAUGAUGGGGAUAGUAAAAACCCCAAUGGUGACAACGGUCCUAAUAACAGUAGAGUUCGAAAUGCUGGAAAAGGUUGGCAUUAUCAUGUUGCCCGACAAAGAGAUGCGACGGUAUUAACGAUUGCAUUACUCUUUUCUCAAUCCCACUUGGAUGAAAGCCGAGAUUGUAUGUGUAUGUCACCUUCUGAACAUCUAGAGUCUUUUACAGAGGCCCUACGACAGUUUGCGAAGCGUGUUGUAAAAGUAUUACGAGGUCGUACACGUGAGGAAAAAGAUACAGCAGGUGCCACUGGUGAAGAUAUCACAGAUGGAACAGACGUUAUGAUUAAACCACGAGAUUUUACAGAUGCUGCUGGUGGUGUGGGUAAUGAUGAUGGAAGUUCGGUUGGAGAUCACGGUGGAGAUGCCCUCAGCGAUAGUGUCAGUGAAGCCGAUGAGGAUGAUGAUGAUGAUGAUGGGAAGAGCAGCGGUAAAUGUACUGGCAGUGUGCGUGGAGCCCGUACAUCUCCCGCUCUUCGCAGUCAACAGGGCGGUGCCGAUCCAUUAGAUGGAUUUGAGAAUGAAGAGGAAGAAGCCGAUACAGAUGAUGAGGAGGAUAAUGUUGUUGUUCAUAAAGAUAAUAAGAAUGAAGAGGAUGAGGAUGAGGAAGAUAUGAAUAUGAAUGAAAAGAAGAAUGUGGCUGGUAAGUCUAGCUCUAGAGUGAAUUACCGUACAUUUCUACCAUUACGUGCCUCUUAUGGUGGACAUGCGUUUACUGUUGAUAUUUCACCAUUGAGUCUCACCGCUGCUCGUCGUGAUGGAGUGGCACUUUCCUCAUUAAAACCCAAUCCCAAUCCAAACAACAACAACAACAACAAUAAAAACAAGAAGAACAAUAUUAAUAAUAAUAAUAAUCAUCAUCAUCAUCAUGCUCAUGCGGAUAAAGAGGAUAAUGUGAACGAUGAUGAUGAGGAUUUAUUUGUGGUCAAUGUAGUGUUGCGACUUCCACCGGGUGUUGUGGCGGUUGUGCCGGAUGUCGUUGCGGCGGCGUUGUUGUCUCAAUCACUUCCAUCGUCACUGUUGCCGCCAUUUGAGGCGGUCGCCUUUACACGAAAUGCCAAUAAUCGCCGUUGUGGAGAACUUGUCUUUACAGGCGCAGGGGCUACCGUGCGUCGUGUACUCGCCUUUCUCUCUCUCUUUACAAUCAAUAUAAAAAGUUCGUUGAAUCGUUCUCAUUCCAAUCCGAUGGAAACAGGAGAAAAGGAGAAACGAGGAGGUGUAUUGCGAUCUGUGAAGGUGCGAAAGGCCCGCUCUACUGAUAUUCGUGAAAUGGCAUAUGCUUUUGGUAUAGAAGCUGCCUAUCGUGCUCUUUAUGAUGAACUCCGUAAACUCUUUGGUCGCUAUUCCGUGGAUCACAGACAUCUCACCCUUAUUGCAGAUGCCGCCACUCACCGUGGGGUGUGGGAGAACUUUAACUUCACAGGUGUGAUUGCUCGCAGUGCGAGUCCACUCUUUCAAAUGACAUUUGCCUCUUCACGUCGUUGGCUGCACACCGCCGUAACGCGUGGGAUGUGUGAUGAACUGCAAUCCAUCAGUGCUGCUAUUAUGGUGGGCGAGCGGCCGCGUGUGGGAACGGCAAGUGUGGGCGUUACUCCAGACGCCGCCGUUCUGCGGGAUGUACUCGAACGUGGAGGAGUCUAA